UUAACAUGGCCGCAUGUUGAACAAAACGAUUUUCUUUACUGUUUGCCAAAAUAAAAUAGCAGGGGCAUAAAAACAAGAGCGGAUUGAUGAUAGUUUUAUAACUGUGGAAAUAAAAACUGUUAAAUAUUGAAUUUAGUUUGUGUUGUGUCGGUGGCAGUGGAAGAUGAUGCAUCACCCAAACAUGCAUCAUCAGCCGAUGUCAGGGCACCCGCCGCAGCACAUGCCUGGACACCAAGCGAUGCCCGCACACCAUCAGAUGCCGCCCCAUCAGUUACACCGGGAGAACAGGCACGUAACGUUGACUAGGGUACCGCUGGGUCCAUCCCAGGCGGGCGGAGGGAUGGGCGGGCAUGGGCAGGCAAUGGGCGGCAUGGGCAGCAUGGGCAGCAUGGGAGUACCUCCACACCACGGACCUGCUCAGAGACCUCCGCAUCCGAUCAGACCUAUGCCACAUCAUCCACCAGGCCAACAUCACAAUGUACCACCGCGACUUCGUCGUCCGUAUAUGGGCGGCGGGUACGGUCCGGGCGGGGUGGUACCUCCCCCCUUCCAGCACCAUCAUCCGCCAACGCAACCCGCCCAACAAACUCAGAACGCACCGCCACGUCACACUGUUGCAGCAGGGUCGGUAUCAGCGGGUCCGGUAUCCGGCAGCGCGGCCGUGCCCGAGGCGAGUGCAAACGUGGGCGCGGCGCUGAGCGCGGGCGGCGCGGACUGCGCACCGGCGGCGGGCGACGGCGAGGCGCGUGCUCCUGCCGCCGCGGCCAACAGUAAAGAGAAGACUCCCAUGUGCCUGGUCAACGAACUGGCCAGGUACAAUAAGAUAAAACACCAAUACCGCCUCACAUCAGAAACAGGACCGGCCCACAAAAAAGUAUUCACAGUAACACUUCGCUUGGGUGAAGCUGAAGAAUAUACAGCUGAGGGCUCGUCCAUAAAGCGCGCACAGCACGCGGCGGCCGGCGCGGCGCUGGCGGGCACCGCCUACCCCCCACCCCCGCCCCGACCCGCGCCGCCACUCACCGCACUGCAUCAUCAUCACAGGAAUUCUGGUACAGUCAUGCCGACAGUGGAGCUGAACGCGUUGGCAAUGAAGCUGUGCCAGCCCGCCAUAUACACGUCGCUGCCGGCCGUGGCGGGGUGCGGGCGGGGCGCGCGGGGCCGCGGGUACGGCGGCGGCGUGUUCGCGCGCGUGCUGCCGGCGCUCGUGUACCGCGUGCGCGUGGACGUGGGCGGCCGCGCCUGGCUGGGCGAGGGCGCCACGCCGCAAGCCGCGCGACACGACGCGGCGGCGCGCGCGCUGCACGACCUGCGCCCGCACCCCGCGCCCGCCGCCGCCGCGCUCGCGCCGCACGAUACCAACGCCGCUACAGACGAAAACGGGGAAGGAGGUGAUUUAUUGAAUUCUGAAGUGAAGUCUCCGGUGUCACUUGUACAUGAGAUUGCUUUGAAACGAAAUCUCACUGUUGAUUUUGCUGUCAAAUCUGAGCGCGGACCUCCACAUAUGAGGGUAUUCGUGACGACAUGCACUGUGGGCGAGAUAGAGACGGAGGGCGAGGGCAACGGCAAGAAGGUGUCGAAGCGUCGCGCGGCCGAGCGCAUGCUGGAGGAGAUGCGGCACCGCUGGCCGCUCGCCGCGCUGCGCCCGCGCCCGCCCGAGCGCCGCCGCCCGCACCCCGCCAAGAAGAAGCCGCGCAAUCUAAUCAAGGAGGGCAGCGUGUGCAGCGGGUCCGGCGGCGGCAGCCCGGGCGGCGACAACCCCAUCUCCCGGCUGGCGGUGGUGCGGCACGCGGCCCGCGCGCGCUCGCCGCACUACGCCGUGCUGGAGGAGCGCGGCGCCGCGCGACGCCGCGAGUUCCUCGUGCGCUGCGACGCGCCGCCGCACUCCGCCACCGGCCGGGGACCCAACAAGAAGACCGCCAAGCGACGCGCCGCGCACAAUGUACUUUUAGCAAUGGAAAUGAUAACAAACGGCUCGACUGGCAACACAGCCACAGUCAACGGCUCCGAGCUCAGCACUAGCGUCUCUAGCGAUGGAAGUAAAUCUAAUGGAACCGAUAGCAAAAACAAGGUUAGCGAUACAGCGGCCAGUGAGACCCGACAGCCGGUUCCGGGCGUGCUACUCAUGGAUUACCAACAACGAGGAGGAACCCCACAAACACAAACGACUAACGGUGUCACCGAUACAGUUACAAAUAGCACUAGUAAUUCCACUCCAGCUGUGAGCAAUAACAGUACUACGACUUCGCCUGGGACGACGCCCGGAGCCAAAGAUCAGCUCAUGUAUCUCUCGCAGCUCCUCGGAUUUACAGUGCAGUUUUCAGAUUUUCCUAAGCGCAACCACGGGGAGUACCUGUCGCUGGUGUCGCUGUCGACGGAGCCGCCCGUGAUGUGCCACGGCGGCGGCGCCUCCACCGCGCACUCGCACGAGCAGUGCGCCCGCGCCGCCCUGCGCGCGCUCGCGCUCAUGGGGCUGGACGCGCCCGACCACGCCGCUGUUCCGAGUACUCCGAGCAAACCGAGCGUCGCCAUCACAAACGGAAUAACAGAGUGACGGUGUCUCCGCGCGGCGUGUAGUUGAUUAGAAGACGCCAUUCAUUCUCUCUUAUUUGGUUUUCUUUCAACUCGAUGGCAAUAUAUAGUGUGUGUGUGUGUGUGUGUUUGAUUAUGCGAGGACGUGUAGGGAUCGUGACACACGAGCGGUAACAAUCGAUAUCUUUAUGAUGUAGCACACUGCCCCCUGAUCUCGACUUCAUAAGUUUCAAUCUUUAUUUUCAUUUUUUUAUGUAUUUCAAAAAGAUUUGUUUUUUGUAUAUUAUAAAUAUCUGUCAAUUUAUGAAAUGUAAUAGUUUUUAUUUUACGAUUAAUUAGUUUACGAUUCGGAAUCUUUUAUCACAAAAUAGAUUUAAUUUUGUUUUCGGGACGAUUGUUUGAAUUAAUGUUUUUGACGUUUCAAUCGUUUCUCACAGUCGUCGAUUAGAAUGAUCAGAUAAAUUUAUUGAAUCUUGAUCGGACAUCAAGCCUGCCUACGAUAAGGCGGGCGAUAAUUAAAUUUAGAGUUUAUUAAUAUUUAUGAUAGUGAAAAACGCGACGCGUUCUGCGAAGUCGAACCGAGUGAUAAAAUUGAGAUUGAGCAGCUCUUGGCGGCCACCGGCAGAACACUGAUCGAUUAUUAUAAUAUAUUUAUCUCGAGUUUAUGCGAGUUUGUUUACGGAACAUUCGGUGGUCUGCUGCAGUCUCGACGAACGCUAAAGUUACACCAUGCGGCCAUGGUGUCCCCUUAGUUUAGCUAAUAGAAAUAAUCGCCGUAAUCCUUGUAGUUUAGCAAUAAUGUUAAGUUCUUUAGUCGUAUUGUGCGAGUCUCUGUAAUUCAGUAUUUUGCCCCGCAUCUCUGGUUUAUAUGUAUAAUAAUUUAAGGACGAACUUGGGUACGGCGAUUAGACCACAUGGCCUCGGUUUUAAAAUCACCACAGUUGUGCUUAUUAAAACUAUUUAUUCGACCCUAGCCUUUGAAAUGUUUAAUUGUAGAUCUACAUUUAUUCAGUCAGGCACCUUUGAUAUAAUAUUAAUAUCGUAGUUGCUUAUAUUAUUUAAUAAUUGUGUAAUUUUUGCAUGAACCCUAAUGAAUAUAGAAUAGCAACUAACAAAUAAUCUUACCAUUCGAUUAAAGGUAUUAUUUAUGUAUUUGUAAUAAUAUAGGUAAUGUGUUUUAUAUGGUUUAUCGGAUUCAGGAUGAUGUUAUUGCGCCGUCGAUCUAGAUAAUUUCACAUCCUUUUUUGUUGAUUGUACAUUUCACUGUAGCGGGUCUGACGUUUAAUAAAAUUCUUAUAAUUAUUAAGGAUACAGCUGUAAGUUCUCUGUCUUAUGUGAAGAGAAAGCAGUAUGUCUUUGUUCUAAUUAAACAUUUUAAAUCGAGGCCAUCGAAAGUAUUUCUUAAAGUUUCAAGUUGCAUAAGCAACUGAGCGUUAAGAAAUUGUUGAUAAAACUAUGUUAUUGGUGAUUGUAAAGCCGAAAAGUGUUUUUAUUUAUUUGUUUAAAGUAACUAAUACAUAUUUUAUUAUCGUAUGGUAGGAGUGAUUCCCAACCAAACUUGUGCUUUUAGCAAUGUAUAUUAAGGACAAGAAUAAAAGUUGAACACAAAUCGAUGUUUUAUUUUGAAGGUUA